AUGGUGAUACACCCUUACCGGACCCAACCAACUACAGCCACAGCAAAAACAAGCGUGAGUACUAUUGUAGGGGUACUUGGACCUCUACCAAAUUUGCAAAAGAACAUGAACUCAACAUCAAAUGUCAGACAAAUUUCCAACCAGGAAGCACGAGAAAGGCAAGAAAAAGGCUUAUGUUACUAUUGUGAUGAGAAGUUCAUUUCGGGUCAUCGCUGCCAACGACCCCAAUUAUUCAUGAUUAGUGAUACAAAUGAUCAAGAUUCUGAGGAACAAUCUGAGGUACUACAAGCGGCAAAGGACCAAGAAGCUAUUCCUGAAAUUUCCUUACAUGUAAUUGCAGGUACAGCUCAUCCUCAAACCUUUCGGGUGAUAGGAAGAUUGAGGAGUAAAGAAGUCAUGGUAUUGAUAGAUGGUGGAAGCACACACAACUUUAUUGAUCAAUCCAUGGUCAACAAAUAUGAGCUACCUAUGGUUCCUAAUAGAAAAUUCCAAGUGACAGUAGCUAACAGGGAGAAAAUAGAUUGCACAGGGUUGUGCCCAUCGCUCACCAUCAUGAUACAAGGACAAAUUGUUACAGCAGACUAUUUUAUUCUUCUGGUAGCAGCGUGCCUAGUAGUGUUGGGAGUGCAGUGGCUUGCGACACUAGGUCCGGUGGAGACAGAUUAUAAAAGGCUCACCAUGUCUUUCAAAAAGGAUGGGAAUUUAUGUGUUUUUCAAGGGUUGAAACAAUCAGGACUACAAGUUUCGACAGAGAAGGAAUUCAAUACUAUGUACAUCUCUAGCCAAUUCUUUGCUAUAAUUCCAGUAGGGUUCAUACACCCCAGCCAUAGCCCAUUCUCCUCACCGGUCUUGUUGGUCAGAAAAGCAGAUGGGGAUUGGCAUUUCUGUAUUGACUAUAAGGCUCUAAAUGAUCUUACCAUCAAGGAUAAAUAUCCUAUUCCAGUCAUCGAUGAACUUCUCGAUGAAUUACAUGGAGCAAAAUUUGUUUCCAAGCUCGAUCUUCAUGCUGGUUAUCACCAAAUUAGAGUACAUGAAGAUGACAUUCCGAAGACGACAUUUAGAACGCAUGAAGGCCACUACGAGUUUGUUGUCAUGCCGUUUGGACUUACCAACGCACCUGCAACCUUCCAAGGACUUAUGAAUGAUCUCUUCCAUCCUCACUUAAGGAAAUUCAUUCUUGUCUUCUUCGAUGACAUUUUGGUGUUUAGGGUUACUUCAGUUGAUUAUUUAGGCCAUGUCAUAUCGGAACAAGGAGUUUCUGUCGAUUCGUCCAAAAUUGUAACAGUUCUAGAAUGGCCAACUCCAACCACAAUUAAAGGAUUGUUAUCAAAAUAUGGGUUCAAAUGGAACGACAUGGCAAAAAAGGCAUUCAACGAUUUAAAACAAGUAUUAACAUCCCCUCUAGUUUUGGCUUUACUAGAUUUUACACAACCGUUUGUCAUUGAGUGUGAUGCUUGCGGAAUUGGUAUAGGCGUUGUGCUUUCUCAAAACAAUCGUCCCAUAGCUUACUUCAGUGAGGCUUUUAAAGGUUUUGCUCUAACUCUCUCAACAUAUGAAAAAGAGAUGUUAGCAAUUGUGAAGUCAAUUAAGAAAUGGAGACCCUAUUUGCUUGGAAAACCUUUCACUGUGCGCACAGACCAACAAAGUCUCAAAUAUUUGUUGGAGCAGCGCAUUACUACACCGGCUCAAACCCGUUGGCUACCAAAGAUUAUGGGAUAUGAAUAUAUCAUUGAGUACAAGAAAGGAGUUGACAACCAGGUGGCUGAUUCUCUCUCACGGAAACUUCAAAAUGAAGUAGCAAAUGAUCCAUUCUUUAAGACCUUGGUUGACAGUACAUCUCACACUACUGCAUUUUUAUACCGAGAUGGAGUUUGGUUCAAAAAGGAUUCCAUGCGACCUACGGGAUUACUUCAGCCAUUGUCAAUUCUUGAAAGGGUAUGGACUGAUAUAUCCAUGGAUUUCAUUGAAGGGUUGCCACCAUCCAGUGGUUAUACGGUGGUUCUGGUUGUUGUUGAUCGUUUGUCUAAAUAUGCAUAUUUUGUUCCCAUAAAACAUCUAUAUACAGCUGCCACGGUUGCACAGGCUUUUGUCUCUCACAUAGUCCGACUGCAUGGAAUCCCAACUUCCAUAGUUAAUGACCAGGACCGAUUAUUUAUUAGCUCUUUUUGGCGAACCCUGUUUCGGCUUCAGGGAACUAAGUUAUGCAUGAGUUCAAGUUACCAGUCUCAAACCGACGGACAAACGGAGGUGAUUAAUCGCGUCUUGGAGCAGUACUUGCGGUGUUUUGCAGGGGACCAACCACGCAAAUGGAUUGACUGGAUUCCAUGGGCAAAAUUUAGCUAUAACACCUUAGUCCAUUCAGCUACCAAAAUGACACCUUUUGAAGCAGUGUAUGGAGUUCCACCUCUAAAUUUAUUAAUGUACGUUCCGGGGACUUCCAAUGUACAGGCUGUUGAUGGAUAUUUGCGUAAUCGAGAUGCCAUCCUGUGUGAGUUGAGAAAGAAUCUCUCAUUAGCUCAAGCACAGAUGAAAUGUCAAGAGGAUCAACGGCGCUGUGAGGUCAUCUAUGAGGUAGGCAACUUUGUAUACCUGAAACUGCAACCUUACCGACAGACAUCGGUGGCAUUUCGCAGCUCUUUGAAGCUAUCACCCCGAGUCAUUCAAAAAGGCCAAUACCAUCUCAAGGUUGAAGUUCUCAUUAAAUGGAAGGGCGCCUCAGAAGAUGAUGCCACUUGGGAAGAUGAACGCCGCUUGGCUAAGUCCUAUCCUGCAUUUCCUUGCGGACAAGGAAUCUUGAGGGGGGAAAUUGAUAUGUUUAUCCCUGUAGAGAGGAAUGGUACGUGGUGGGAGGAAUAUUUCCUUAUUGUUAGUUUCAUAUUGUUAGUGUUUUCAUAUCUUUAA